UCGCUGGCCUGGCGCCGCGUAAAGGCAGCGCCGCAAAGCAAAACAGAGCUUCGCCAGCGCACGCAGCGGGCGGCGUCGCGGCCGCCGCACGCCAUUGUGGGUCUUCGGUGGCGGGGCGGAGGGCGAGCGUCGUUGGCGCGCGUGGGCGAGACGAUGCCGCCCACAGCCCCCAGCACCCCCCACCGCGGAGGGCGAGGGGCCGAGCGGUCAGGUCCCGCAGGGCGCCUCCGAGCGGCGCACGGUCAUUUACCGCGGGAAGGGAAAAGAGGCACAAUGAACCAGCGAGGAGGUAGUGCAAGGAGUGUUUGCCCCGCCUGCUAG